AUGAGCUACCAUGAAGCACACCAAAGGGCUGCAAAAUCUGUUUGCUCUGUUUGCCAUAACAGAAGACCACAGUAUGAAAGAAACAGAAAAAAAGAGUUCUCAUAUGCUGAGUUGUGUGCAGCCACACAAGGGUUUUCCCUUAAGAACUAUCUGUCAGAAGGGGGGUUUGGUUCUGUCUAUAAAGGGGAGUUGUGUGGACAGAAGAUUGCUGUGAAGCAACACACUUAUUCUAACCAAAAGGGAGAGAAGGAAUUCAAGUCUGAAGUUGAUGUUCUCAGCAAAGCAAUGCAUGAGAAUGUGGUCAUGCUGUUAGGAUCAUGCUCAGAACGGAACCUUAGACUUCUUGUGUAUGAAUAUAUCUGCAAUGCUUCAUUGGACCAACAUUUAUCUCAACAUUCUCGUAAACUUCUUGAUUGGCCAGACAGGGUGAAAGUAGCUGAUGGAGUUGCCAAAGGACUACUAUACCUGCAUGAGAAUAACAUAAUACACAGAGAUCUGACAGCAAACAACAUUCUUCUUACACAUGACUAUGAUGCAUUGCUAGGCGAUUUUGGUUUGGCUAGAACUGUGAUUGAAGACUCCUCAUACUCCACAGAAUGUGUGGGGAAUACGGGUUAUAUGGCACCAGAAUAUGCAGAAUUUGGCAAAGUGUCAAUUAAAACAGAUGUGUAUUCCUUUGGGGUGGUUCUACUACAGCUAAUAACAGGAAUGAAACCUAUAGAUAAAAGACUUGGAGAAAGAACUCUUGUGGGAUGGGUUGUUGAUGCUUUGACUCACAUAGUGGAAGGCAAAACACCUGACUGCAUCUUAAGAGAUUACAAUUACUCCCCUGCAAGGUCAAAUUCAAUUUAA